GUUGUCCGGGAACUUGUUUUUGGUCAAGUUUACGCAUGCGGGAGCGACGAGCUGGGCCGCGACGUCAAUCUCCACGCCGUGAGAUGCAAUGUGGAACACCACGCGUGAUGGCAAGGCGAACAGGGCGCCGCUCGCACUGCUCCGUUGGUGCGUUUGCUCGGAACGUGCGUGCGUAAAAAAAGGACUUUUCUGCUUCCAGGGGAUUUCCUGAUUGGUUGAUUUGGCGGCUGUAGCAAUCAGGAAGGCAGAAACUAUCUCCCAAAACAUGAAGAAGACUAAGGACCAAGAAUUAUGGAACAAGUCUUGACUGGAUCAUGUAACUGGUGACUGGCUUCACGCAGACUCCCCUGGAGAUAGCAGCCUGACAACAAGCCGAUCUGUGUGUCUGUCGUCAUCAUCUUACCGCACGCAGCACGGCGCCUCGCCUUAUUGAAACGGAGGACCCCAUUAAAGCGGUUGAUAGAUACGAAGGUUCGUUGUCGAGGUGGUGUUGUCUGCCGGCUGCAGCUUGGAGAUGAGAUAAGAAGAGUGGCAAGAAGAGGAACAAAAGUGGCCAUCUGACAGAAACUGAAUACAAAUGAGGAUCCAUCGCUCCUGCUGCGACGCAAGCGGGGCCGAAUCGAUAUUAGAAAACUGAAAUGGACAAAUAAGUCAGCUUUGAUUACAGGACCAUUAGCUAGGAACCCAAAAUGAUGGGAUUAGAUGUUAGCUUUGAGUUGAUAUGAAAAACAAGGCAGGGGGAUUGAACCCUGCACUCUUGGGUGUGUGUGCAAUGAGGCUCCUAUAACGCUAUAGAGGAUCAUAAGCAAGAUGGAGGUGUACAACAGCUCCCUGGAGUACUUCACCAGCAACGUCACCGAGAUUCCCGGUCCGACCACUGUAACCCGCUACUGGAGCGAGGCCUCGGUUUUGGGCUUCCAGAUCUCCCUGUCCGUGCUCCUGGGUGUGGUGACCUUCGCCACGGUGCUCUCCAACGCCUUCGUCAUCGCCACCAUCUUCUUGACCAGGAAGCUGCACACCCCCGCCAACUUCCUGAUUGGCUCGCUGGCCGUCACCGACCUCCUGGUGUCCAUCCUGGUGAUGCCAAUCAGCAUAGUGUACACGGUCAGCAAGACCUGGUCGCUGGGGCAAAUCGUGUGCGACAUCUGGCUGUCGUCUGACAUCACCUUCUGCACGGCGUCCAUCCUCCACCUGUGUGUCAUCGCCCUGGACCGCUACUGGGCAAUCACGGAUGCGCUGGAGUACUCCAAACGCCGCACCAUGCGCCGAGCCGGGAUCAUGGUCGGAGUAGUGUGGGUGAUCGCCAUAUCGAUUUCCAUGCCUCCGCUCUUCUGGCGGCAGGCCAAAGCCCACGAGGAGCUUACGGAGUGCUUGGUGAAUACAGAUCAGAUCUCGUACACGCUCUACUCCACCUUCGGGGCGUUCUAUGUUCCCACAGUGCUUCUCGUCAUCCUUUAUGGACGGAUUUACAUCGCGGCGCGCUCCCGCAUCUUUAAGAUGCCGACGUCAUCCGGGAAGCGCUUCACGACGGCACAGCUCAUCCAGACCUCGGCGGGCUCGUCCCUGUGUUCUCUUAAUUCCUCGUCCAACCAGGAAGGGCACCUCCAGGAAGGGCAUGUCCACUCGGGAACAGGGAGCUCGCCUCUCUUCACGAACAGCGUGAAGGUGAAGCUGGCCGACAACGUACUGGAAAGGAAGAGACUGUGCGCGGCGCGUGAGAGGAAAGCGACCAAGACGCUGGGCAUUAUCCUGGGUGCUUUCAUCGUUUGCUGGUUGCCCUUCUUCGUGGGCACGCUGGUUACGGCCAUUUGCAAAGAGUGCUGGUUUCACCCGGUGCUCUUUGAUGUCUUCACCUGGCUGGGAUACCUCAACUCGCUCAUCAACCCAGUGAUCUACACUGUGUUCAAUGACGAGUUCAAGCAGGCCUUCCAGAAACUCAUGAAGUUCAGACGCUUCUCUUGAAGAUGAAAAAAGCUCUCGGAAAAUAGUAUAAUUAAGUAUAAUUAAUGUAAUGUAAAUUUUUCAUCUCAUAAACAUAUGAACAUAUGGUAGAUGUAUUUAUUUUUUACAUGCAGUUGCUCAGUACCACGCUUUGCCAGAUAACAGAAAAGACUUGCAUGCGGAAAAGUAAGAACUAUAGCACUCAUGUAGAAAACAUGAGGAAGAACGACAAGUCAUUCAGCAGGGAUGUGCGCUCACUGGCCACAACAUUAGGUACACCUGGUCAAACACCCAUCCCCACUCGCAUCAGCAGUUAUCCUGCAAUCAGCAGUUAUCCUGCAAUCCGGUAACUUGCUUCUGCAUUCGGCAAAACAGGUCGAAGCACUUCCUCCUCCCCCAGGUGAAUGGGACAGUGACGAAGAACCUGUAGAAACUUUAAACGUCUGCAGUGCAUGUCACAACAAAGCCAACAACAUUUUAAAUGUCCCAUUUAGGCUUCAUUUGUGUUUACAUAUAUCAUACUUGUAUAACUAAAUGAUAUACCGUAAUUUCUCGUAUAUAAUGCACACCCAUGUAUAAUACGCACCCCCAAAGUUGACCUCAAAAUUCUGGAAAACCUUUUUACCUAGGUAUAAUGCAUUUUUUUCAAUGCAUGAUUUUGCUUCUACCCAUAUUAUCAAAACAUGAAGUAUUAUCUGUAUUUUGUUAGUUUUUUUUCCAAAGAAUUAUUCUGAAGUUAAGCACUUUAUUUGAAUACGUAAUCCUUUUAAUAAAAAUUAGCUUAUUCUUAUUUUGAAAUUCAAAGCCCUACUUUUAUUUAGUAAAUUAGAAAACACACAGUUGUGCUCAUAUGUUUGAUUACCCAGGUAGAAUUUGUAAGAUGGGUUAAAUUCUUUAAAGAAAAUAUGAAGGACUUUUUAUUUCAAUGGGAUUCAAAUUAAACGGUCAAGCAUUUCAGAAAAGCAUUAUCACUAAACAAAACAUAACCAUAAAGAAAGUAAUGAUGGUUGUUGUUCAGUCAUCAGUCAUAUUUAUAUAAAAAAAAAAAAACUUCACAAAUUCUGCUAGGGUAUGUAAACUUAUGAGCACAACUGUGCAUAUAUGCAGUCAUAUGUACCUCUGUUAUAUUGUAAUGAAAGUGUAGGCUACACGGUUUUUUAUAACCACAAGGUGGCGGUGGCAUUUUGGAAUGAAAGUGUAGAGCUUUUUCAUAACCACUAGAUGGUAGCAUACAUUUAUGUGAAAGUUUUUUCCAUUUGCCCCUAUACCCAUGUAUAAUGCGCACUAUUGACUUUUGACAAUUUUUCUUGUGGGAAUGCGGAUUAUACACGAGAAAUUACGGUACAUGUAUUUUAACUUUUGUCCAAAGUCACCAGCCAUAAAGAAAACAUUUUAGCAAGUUGGGCUUCAAACUAUCAUGUCAUCAACCCAUAGUCAUGGUCUUUAGCGCAUCAUACAGACAAAGUCCACAAACAUGUUUCUGGAUUUGGUCACAUGACUUUCUGCGGCUAGCGGAUGGUGAGUGACUUAUUUAUUUGGCCUAUUUUUACUACUGAAGUGUACAGUUAGCUAGCUAACUAUGCUGAUGAGUGUGAUUGUAGUUUUCAAUGGUGUGCAAAUGCACUGCGUCAUACUUUCUGAGAGAUUUUUCUAAUAUUUUGGUUACUUUAUUCCAAUAGCAAACAAUAUAAAAUUUUUAAGCAAUGCAUCUCACAAACAAGUGUACCUAAUGAAGUGGCCGGUGAGCAGAGCUCUAGACUGGAUGCAAUCCAGCUUUGGAAAGCCAUCAAGUGUACUGUAUGUUGCUGCUCCGUUAUGUUUUCUCUGGUACAGUAAAGUA